UUUGUUGUUAAUGGAGGAGAAAGUGUAAACGGAGGAGAGACGCGGAGUCUCAGAGUUCUUCUUCUUCUCCCUCUUCUCGUGUUCUGAGCCGGGACAUGUCGGGCACGUGACGUGUGUGCGUGUGAACAUGUAUGGAUAAAGUUUGGAGGUAGUUGUGUGACGUCACCUCCAGCGGCGGUGAACCAACACGCGUCUUCUCUCUGGAACUCAGCCGCGCAUCUUCUUCUUCUACAGGUAAAAUGGCCGUUUAGUUCCCGGGCGAAGCGGCUUCAGGUUUAAACCACUUUAAAGAUGUCGGGCGCUCAGGAGCAGGUCCGGAGGCGGCGCCCCCCCAAGAUGUUCGUGAUCUCGACCGACCUGAAGGUGCAGGACCACCUGGACGGAACCAUUCGGCUGCAGCGGGGGUUCCUCUGCCAGGAGCAGGACGUGAGCCGGAACAGAGGGGAGUGGCAGUGGGUCAAGGUUUUAGACAAUGACUUUGUGGUAAAGCUAGACAGGAAGUUCCUGCUUCCAAUCCCCAGUGACCUCAGCGGCCUGUUGGAGCCGGUGUUCGAUCCCGAGGCUCGUCUGAAGCUACUGAGCAAUCCUGGGAAGCUGCAGCAUCUGGCCUCCCUGCCCCUGGAUGCUCCGCUCUGGGUCCAGAUGGGUCAACAGGACGAGCUGGCCGAGGCCGACCUGAAGUACAUCGGGCCCCUGACCAGAGGGAGCAGCGCGGUGUACUUCGGCGUCCAGCUCAAGGGUUCCGCGGCGGGCAAAGGCUUCGGUAACGGUUCCUAUAAGGGCCUCCGACUUUUCACCUGCCCCGACGCCUGCGCCCUUUUCCUCCCGGCCAAUGAAAUCCGGCUCCGCCACUGGAAUAACAGAAACGGCUCCAAUGCAGCCGAGCGAGUCCGCGAGCGAGACCAACACCGCAGCAGCAACAUGCACCACAGCAACGGGCACCAGAACCAGAACAGCCACCCGUCCCACCAGCACCAGCACCAGCACCAGUACCAUCCCAGCAGCGCUCCUCAGCCGCACUCUCUCUCCGUCCUCCCCCGCACGUCGGAGUCGGUGCUCAUCACUGCUCAGACCCAGGUGCAGGUUCGACAGCCCGUGUCGCCUCCGCUGCCGCCGCCGCUCGCCAUCGGCCAGCGGGUGUGUUUCCCCCUGGAGGACAACGUGGUGGGGGGGGAGGUGCGGUUCUACGGGCUCCUGCCGGGCCGCUCCUCCUCAGGGAUGAACGUCGGCGUCCUGCUGGACGCUCCUGUUGGGAACUGGGACGGGCUCUACCGGGGAGAGAAGCUCUGCCACAUUCCUUCAGCCGUCUACGGACUCCUGCUGCCAGCCGCCAAGGUUUCCUCAGAGCCUAAAUCCCACCGUCCCAGCGCUCACCAAGUGCCCAAAUCCAUCCUGAAGCCCCCUCCCGUCCCCAAACCAGCUCUCGUAUCAUCGCCCACCACUGCUCCCAAGGUCGCUCCACUGCCGCCGCCCAAGCCCCCCAAGAAAGCCCUGCUUCCCCCCCCGCUCCCGCCGCCAAAACCCCGCAGUCCGACGUCGCCCGUCUUUUCAGAGCAGCUGCUACACACCAACGGCGUCCACGGCCCCGUGUCCCCGCUGCUGUCCCCAGAUCGCCUGGAGGAGUCGGAGGAGGAAGAAGAGGGGGGGCUGGAGGGGGAGCUGGAGGUGGGCUCCAUGGUCGAAGUGAACGACCCGCCCAUCUUCGGAGUGAUUUGCUGGAUCGGGCGAAUCAGUGGGAUUUCAGAACCGGUCGCAGGAAUCGAGCUGGAUCAGGAGCUGUCUGCGGGGACAGACGGCAGCUACCUCGGUGUUCGCCACUUCCGUUGUCCGGCGAACAAGGGGCUGUUCGUCAAGCUACGCAACUGCAGGAGGGACUCCAGGUUCCCGGCACCGGAGACGCCCGUCAAUCAGGUGGAGCGCUGCAACUCCAUAGCCUUUGCAGAGUGGGGCAGCGAGCGGGUGGAGGAGCACACGCCCCCCGUGGACGGAGACGAGGCCAGGGAGCUCUACCAGGGCUGGAAGAGGGGCAUCCAGGGUCACCUGAACUCCUGCUACCUGGACGCCACGCUGUUCAGUCUGUUCUCCUGCUGCAGUUCAGCUGACUGGGUUUUGUUCUGGCCGGCCGACCCUGCCACCGACCACAGCUCGACUCAGGCUCAGGACCUGCUGCGCUGUGAGAUCGUCAACCCGCUGCGCAGCUUCGGCUACGUGUGUGCCAGUAAGACCAUGGCCCUGAGGCGCCUCCUGGAGGCCGCCGAUAGAGACACCGGCUUCACCAACCAGGAGAAAGAUCCUGAGGAGUUCGUCAACAGGCUUUUCCAGCUCCUCGGAGUCGAGCCGCUCCUCAAGAUCAGAUCGAUGACUCGGCAGCCUCAGGAAUGUCACCUCUACCAGCUCUUCCCACCGACGCUUCCCAGCUCUCCCACCUCGCCCGCAUCCCUCUCACCAGUCGACUCCCCCAUCCCUCUCUCCUCGCCAUCCUCCAAUCGGAUGAGAGUGGCCAGCGUCCAGACCCUGCUGGAGUCCUCCUUCCUCCACGCCGGCCUCAAGUUUGUUGAGGCCCCCUCCUGCCUCCUGCUGCUCAUGCCCCGGUUUGGGAAGGACUUCAAAAUGUUUGACGCCAUCUUGCCCACACUCAGCCUGGACAUCACCGACCUGCUGGACGACACUCUGAGGCAGUGCAGCAUCUGUCAGGCUGUGGCUGAGUGGGAGUGUCUGCAGUGUUAUGAAGAUGUAGACAUCACCCCCGGGCGUCUCAAGCAGUACUGCCCCACCUGCAACACACAGGUCCACAGUCACAGGAAGCGGACGUCCCACACCCCGGUGAAGGUCGGUGUCCCCGGCGGGUCGUGGUCCGGCUCUCUCCACUGCACCCGCCAGCGCAUGUCUCUGUUCGCUGUGACGUGCAUCGAGACCAGCCACUACGUGAGCUUCAUCAGACACGGGCCCCUCCCCACGGACUGGCUGUUCUUCGACAGCAUGGCGGACAGAGAAGGUGGAGAGAACGGCUUCAACAUCCCCCGGGUGAUGGCGUGUCCCGAGGUGGGACGCUACCUCGGCCUAUCGGAGCAGGAGCUGAGCAGAGUGGACACCGCUUCGCUACGGGAGCCGGCCCGCCGCCUGCUCUGUGACUCCUACAUGUGUCUGUACCACAGCCCCGAGCUCAGCCUGUACAAGUGACACUCGACACGGACGCACAAAGAUCCGACUGCUGUACAACAGAUUCACACAAGUCCUCCUCAGGUUCUUGGUUCACCGACAGAGGAAGACAAGAAUAUGAAAUAUUCAUAAAGCCACCGAACACUGAAUGUAUUCAGCUUCCUGUUUGCACUUGGCGCUAAAGUGCAUCUUGGGAGGUCGUCGCCCCGGUUUGUUCCUCUCACAUGUUACAGUUAGAUUUACACACAGAGCUACGCAGCAAGGUUUCUGAUCAAUAACUCUCCAAGACAGUUACAGCGUCUCUGUAUGAUUUUCACAGUGUAAACCCAACUUUAAGAAUUUCUCAUUUCCUUGUCUUGAUGUUACUGCUAUUAUUUUGUAUUUUCAACAAAGUAAUGUGUAGAUAUUAAUGUUCGAGGUGCGUUGGGACUGUUUUCUGACCCGGAGCCUGAACAGCAGGGAACAGAGCUUUAGAAUCCCAGGGAGACGUCAGCGUGACCCACAACAUGGAAUGUGCCCAGCGAACAAAUCACUUGUAAUUUAUUGUCAGUUCAGGAGCCUUGUACACUGAUGCGGUGGCAGUGCUGACGUUUCUACCUGAGUUUCCCUUUCGCCUUUCUGAUUCUCACACACUGUGCCUGUGACCUGCCACACACACACACACUUUACAGACUGAUUUGCACUGCUUCGUUUACAUGUCGGUGUGUAAAUAUGUAACGGCCCUAAACUGACUGUAAAGCUCGCACACGGAUGUUUAACUGUUCUGUUGCUCACGGCUUGUUUCCUGUAACAAGCUGCAGACGAUGAGGACGAUGUUCCACAGAGUAAACGGUUUCCUACUC